CGCUUUGUUUCAGUCGUAAACAUGGAGGAGAGAGAAGCACUGAAGAGGCAGAUAGAACUUUUGCAGAGUCUGAUCAAUAAACACAAGAGCGUCCAUGGAGAUGCACCGUUUUCAGCAGCAGAGCCGAGGCGUCCUGAAGCGUCAGCAGCAGGCAGCGGCAGAGGUUUCACUACAUCUGUCUUCCAUCCUCACAGCUCCAGAGGGAGAGCGUUUAUUCCCCAGAGCCGUGGAAGUUGGAGGAAAACAUAUUCUUUGAAGAAUAAGAGCCCCCAGUCCUCUGUUGGACAUCCCUCAACUUCCACCUCCUUCACACAUCACUCUACUUCUCAACAUGGAGCUGACAGCAUCUCACUGCCCGGCCACAGCAGAGGAAAUGAGACCAAUCCUACCAAACCUACCAGCUUACCAUCAGGGAAUCAUGCCCAACAGAAAAAAGAAGGACCAAUAAGCAGCACGGCAAGGAUAAAGGGAGCAGUGACGGAGAAAUUAAACACAGGUGCAGCUGUGACUCAGCGAAGUUCGAGUUCAACAGGCACCAGUUUGCAACACGAGGCUCCACAAAGGAAGACACAACAAAUGUCUGAACGCAGACAUGUUCUCCCAGGAAAGAAAGUUAGCUGCUCCUCAGAGGUUCCCCCUCCAGUGAAGGCCAACACCUCAACCACUUCUCAGAACAAAGCCAGCAGAACCAGCUAUGACGCUAGCCCGACGAUCACUACUAAAACCUCAGCAGUUUUUCCAGCUGGUAACACCACAUCAACUCUCCCAGCUCCGUUUAUUGGUUCAAAACAUCCUCUCUCAACCCACAGCACCUACACCCAGGUUAAUGCAUCUUUUCUGAAAAAGUCAAAGUUCACCUGGGUAAAGAGCCAGAAUGUGGAGCUCAAACAGGCUAGCUCUGGUUCCUGCUCUGGUUCCUCACCCACAGCCAAAACAGUUUCAACACCAGCAUCAGACUUAAAGGCUGUAGUUUCCACUGGAAGCCCGUCCUCAGCUGCAGUUAGCAAGAAAACCCCCCCUAAGAAGUUAUCCCGAAAGCUUAGCCCCAUCAUCAUCGCCCCAAAGACCUCAAAGUACAAAUGGGUCUCUUCUGCUGGAGCCCAAGCAAGAACAUCCCGUAAGCCUCUAUCUCCCAAAGCCUGGACGACUCCUCCCAGAGCCCUGGAAAGAGGAGACUCUGCCAGGAAAGCUAAAGCCGCUUCUGGUUCCUCUACAAAACUUAAAAAAGGAAUUUCAAGUUCUUCUACAAGUUCCUCACUUAGUAGCCGUUACCGCUGGAAGGCAGGAGGGCAGAGCACCACAGCAGCAGUGAUGGGAGGACCAGCAGGGGCUCGGCGUAAAUCUGCCUUCCACUGGACAGCAGAGAAAAGCAACAAAGGGAUGAAAGUGGGGCUUGUUGUUUCCCCAACUUUACCUCAGCGUGCCCACUUUCCAUCCUCCUCCCCUGGGGGGUUUAAGCUCCGCAGCAGGAUGAAAAUCAUCAGGAGGUCUGCAAGCAGUGGUGGAGGGUCAGACAAAGGCAACUCUCCACGGGGCCGAAUGCACAGCUCCACCAGGAGUCCCAUGGGAGCUAGGAGGACACCCACCAGGGAACUUGUGUCUUUUGGGAGACACAAGCUGAGGCGACUGUCCCCCACAUUUUCAAGAACAAAUCCCACCUCUUCCUUUCAUCGUAGCCCCGCCUCCCAGCGGGUGUUCAGGACGCGCUACAAGAUGGUGACCCGCCCGGGCUCCAGCACCGUGCACACCCACCACUACAACCCAGCCCUCUCCUGGAGAACCAAGAGGAUCCAGUCUGCCAGGAGUUUCCUCCAGAACCGCCUCCGAGCUCCCCAUGACAGACACCCACCGCCCGCCCAGCGCUGGGCGAGAAGCGAGAUGUGCUGGAUCCGUGGCUCCCUGUACCGGGUGUCCGCCAAUAAGCUGUCCCGCACCGUGACGGCCAACAUGACCAUCAACCGAACAGGAAGGACCUCCAGCCCCCACAUCUCACACAUGAAUCCUGCCUUGACCCGGUUCUCCAGCACUCGCCACUUAGCCAGUCGUGCGGUCCAGCGGAGUAUUGCCAUCAUCAGACAUGCUCGUCAGAAGAAGCAGCAGAGGCAGUACUGCAUGUAUUACAACCGCUUCGGCAAAUGUAAGCGCGGCACAAGGUGUCCCUUCAUACACGACCCGGACAAAGUGGCCGUGUGCACCAGGUUUCUGAGAGGGACGUGCAAGCAGGCAGAUGGCGUUUGCCCAUUUUCCCAUAAGGUUGCCAAAGAGAAGAUGCCGGUGUGUUCCUACUUUCUGAAGGGUAUCUGCAACAACAGCGAAUGUCCCUACAGUCACGUCUACGUGUCCCGCAAAGCUGAAGUCUGUGAGGACUUUGUCAAAGGCUACUGUCCAGAGGGACAGAAGUGUAAGAAGAAACACACUUUGGUGUGUCCAGAGUUCUCUAAGACCGGCUCCUGCCCGCGAGGUUCCCGCUGCAAACUGCAGCACCGCCAGCGAGUCAAACGGAGUGCCGGUAACACCCCCACCACUCCAGCCAAGAAAGUCUGCACCAAGAAGCCCCUGGAGAGGCUGUGUCUGUCUGUCACCCUGCCACAGGAUGCUCAGGCAACUCCAGGGACGUCCACUGCUGGUCCUCUGGCUUUGCCGUCGUUCAUCUCCCUCUCCAGCUCUCCAGAGGAGGCAGAUGCACCGGACACACUGCCCACCGACACAGCCCAAGUCAAAGUGUUUUCCUUUCUUCCACAGAGAAGAAGCUGCAGAUCAAACCUCGGCUGUGAGUGCAGAGAGCUGCAGGAUGGAGGUUUGUCAGGACACUCGCUCUGUGUCCAUCACUCAGGAUGUGAGAGUUUUAUCUUUUUCAAACUAGUUUACAUAAAGUCGAGUGUUUAUGCUUCCGAUUUGUUUUUGUAUUUUUCCUGAGAUUUUUGUAAAUUAAACAGGAA